AUGUCAAGUGCUUCAAGACUUCAAAACGUCAAUAUUGUUUCUAACAACUAUUCUCGUUACGGAACUUCCGUUUACGAUAAGUUGUAUCAUAGUAACGGCAGUGGUAGCAAUAAUGCUGGUAAGAAUUCUACCACAGUUGGUAAACUGUCAUCUAUCUCACAAAAGUCCAGGAGCAAACAGCGUCAUGGCUCAAAUUGCUCCAGAUCAAUGAGUCAAUCACCCUUAUCGACGUUCAAAUCUCCACUCAGCAAUCAAAAUCAAUCCAGCGCUCCUGAUGAUUUGGCUUCCAUAGGUCAGAGACGCAGUGACGACGUCACAUCUUUAGAUAAUGAAACUAUCAUAACGAUGAAUUCAAGGAAAUCAAGGAUUAAAAAAAAGUAUAAAUCCUUAAUCUCCACCUCUUCAAAAAAAUUUAUGAAUAAAUUGUACGAUCAUGGUGCUUCAUCCGACUCAUUUUCUAUAUUUUCUCUGAAGACUUCCCAUUCUGGUAAACAUGAAAAUUCCAGAUUUGAAAAGCUGAGGAAGAGAAAAUACCAUGCUUGGGGCAAAUUUGCCGAUAUCAACGAUUUACCAGUUGAAAUAAUUGCCAAAAUACUUUCUGAAUUCGAGUUAGGUCGUGAUCAAAAGACACUCGUAAGAUGUCUAUACGUAUCGAAGAAGUUUUAUAAGGCGACAAAGAUCGUCCUUUAUAGGCUACCUUACUUCACUUCCACUUACAGAGUGGCGCAGUUUGUCACCUCACUAAGAUUACAUCCGGAUAACGGGGCAUACGUGAAAGUAUUGGACCUAUCACACUUGAAGCCGGGAAUUAUAGGCCAAGACUCGAAGGAUUCUCAAGGCCUAGACGAUGAUGGCCACUCAAGGCGUCACAGACGCCGUCGCCGCAGAUCUACUAACACAAGUUUGAAUCUACCUCCAGCUACUCCAACAUCUACCAUUUCUAACGAGGAUGAUGCCAAUAGCGGAUUAAUCAAAGACGACGCUUCAAAUGGCAGUGAAGUUGAAGACUUGGCAUUAGCUGGUUGGAGAGACUGGAGAUACAGAAAUGAACCCCUUUAUAGCUCUCCUCUGUUGAACAGCUUUAAACUGAAAAAAGUGGUUUCUCGUUCUUCUUCUAUCACUUCUACAUCUUCUGGAAAUUCCACCGGUGUUCACUCUACAAGGAGACAACGUUCCAAUAGUUCCGUUGCUUCCAUAACGACGAGUAUCAUGUCAUCCAUCUAUAACACCUCCCAUGUCUCAUUGUCUUCAACCACGUCUAAUACCAGCAAUGGUAACAUCUCUUCUGGUAGUAAUCUGUCAAGAGUUUCCACUGCUGGAUCAUUGAAAAAAGCUUCUGCGAAGUCCACAAGGUCAUCUCCUCAGAAAGCAAAACCUAUAUCUGACAUUACGUCAUCUUCCUGGUUUAGAAUGAGGUUAAGUUCAAGAAAUAGAAAGGCAAGGACAGCUAAUACGAUUAAUUUAAAGAACUCGAAGGAUAAGUCUGACGAUGACUUUAAAGUUUUAAAGCACGAUUCGGGGCAUCCAUCCAAUUAUCGUUCUUCGACAUUAAAAUUUAGCAUUGAACAACCAUUUAGUACGCAUCAUCCGUAUGCCAACAAAUUUCUUUUAAAGUACGCUCCUUAUAAAGAUCUGCCCCUAGGUUAUAUUUUACAUAUGCUGAACCUGUGUCCUAACCUUGUUGAACUAAACCUUUCCAAUUUAGUUAUUUGUACCGAUUUCAAAUUAAUCAACCAAAGAUCCGAAAGAAGAAGGAUGACAUCUUCACUGUUGCCCGCUGUCCAGGAGUCUAGUGUUUCUGCAGGCCCUGAGAAAGAUUUAGAAAUUGUCUAUAUGACCGAUUCUGGCAAAGGUUAUGAAUAUUAUGAGGGGUUAAGCAAGAAACACUCACGUUCUUCAAGCCUAGGUACCAAUCCAUCUAGUUGGAUUGGAGGUCAGGCGAAUUGGACAGAUUACCCACCUCCAAUCGAUGCACAAACGAAAACAAGAGAGGAACACAGACGCAACAAUACCUUGAACAAUAAGAACGUCGUAUUAAAGAAGCUAAACCCUUUUGAAAUUUUUGAAAUGAUCUGCAAUAGAAAUGAAGAAAAAGGUGGCUACUGCUCCUUAACUAAGGUGAAAAUGAAUGACAUUGUGUGGUGCAGGCAAUAUAUGGUAAAGUAUUUUGUAAUGAGGACGUUUCGCCAGCAUUUGGAUUAUAAAUCCAUGGAAAACAACUCUUAUGAAAGACACUUAUUCAGUUUCCGGGACUCUGGCUUGGAUAGAAAUUUUUCCUGGGCUUGUAAUGCCAAAUUGCAUGAAUUUGUCGCAUUGAUGGUUAUGGAUCAUCUUUCAAAUUUAGAUGAUUUAGGAUUAGAAGAGCUUUUUAAUAUCAAGUCCGAAAAGCUAUAUAUAAAAAACUAUUGUUGCCGAGACCCGGAUAUUCUCGAAAUAUCAAACUUAUUUGAUAUUAGAUAUGGGGCCGGAUCUGAGGCUGAUGCUACUUCUGAUUCCAAUCUCGAAGCAGAAUCUUUACAAUUCAGGUUGACAAUAUUAAAAACAGAAAAGCCAACUUCAUUUUGGCUCACAAAAGUUUCCAAAGAUUAUGUUUCUUUAGUGGUUAAAUUAUGUGUGGAUGAUGACAUUGAUAUGGACAAAAUGAAAGUUGGAAAACCAACUUUGAGAAUAGACAGUAUUACACACAAUUUGAUUAGUAGGUUAAAGGAGUUGAGGAGAGUUGAUCUAAGGAGAAAUGUUGGCGAAAAUAACUACUAUGCUGAAAGCAUCAUAUAA